AUGAAAAAAGAAAGUCACUUUAUUUGCAGUGUGGUAACAAAAUUCUACCAGCACAUCCUUGCCCUGGUGUUUGCCAUUGAUGAGAUCAAUGAAAAUCCCAAGAUCUUGCCCAAUGUCACUCUUGGGUUCCACAUCUAUGACAGCUACUCAGAUUCAAGGAUGACCUACCGUGCCACUCUGGACCUUCUCUUCAAAUCACAUCAGUUCAUUCCCAACUACAAAUGUGGCAUUCAGGAAAAUGUAAUAGGAGUCAUUGGGGGAUUCAGCUCCGUUACCUCCUCAUGCAUGGCUGACAUCUUAGGUCUUUACAAGAUUCCACAGAUUUCAUAUGGCUCAUUUGAACCAGCAGUCAAUGAUCAAAGUAAGUUUCUUUCUUUUUACCGCAUGGUCCCCAAUGAAGCCCUCCAGUAUGAGGGAAUUGUCCAGUUACUUCUGCAUUUCAGAUGGAAAUGGGUAGGUCACAUUGUUAUGGAUGAUGAAGGUGGACAACGUUUCUUGCAGACCAUGGAGCCAAUGCUUUUGCAGAAUGGAAUCUGUUCAGCAUUCAUAGAAAAAGUUAUAAAAUCUUUGCAGUUAUCACUUAAGAUACCUGAUUUGAUCAAUGAGAUAAAGAAGAUUUGGCCAAAUUUCUUGAGAAGCAAAGCCAAGGCAGUCAUUAUUUAUGGAGAAUGUGCAACUAUCAUAUGGUUGGGAAGUGUUAUAAGGAUGAUUCAAGUAAUAUUUCCUCAUUACAAAGAGAUGUUAUCUACAGCAAAAGUGUGGAUAACGACAGCACAGAUCGAUUUUACAUUGUAUACCCUUCAAAAAUUUGUUGACAUUGAUAUGCAAAUGUUCCAUGGUGCUAUCUCCUUUGCAGUUCAGUCAAAGGAGCUGGAAGGCUUCCAAGAAUUUCUUCACACUGCAAAUCCUUCGUGGGCAGAUGGAGAUGGCUUUAUCAAUUUUUUCUGGGAACAAGCAUUCAGUUGUUCAGUUUCAAAGUCCACUGUGUUAACAUUCAUUGGAAAAUGUUUUAGUGAAAAGCAGUUUAUAAAUAUUAUAAAUAAGAAACGUGUAUACCCCAAUUUCUCCUCCAUGGAUCCUUUUGGAAGUCUCUUAGCAGCACCUUCAACUGUUGAAUGUACACUGAUGCAUGAUUUGCCACUUUUUUCCUGUAUCUGCUACCAAAAGCUUCACUCAUUCCUUCAGAGGAUCUCGUUCAACAACAGUGCUGGAGAUGAAAUUACAUUAAAUGAACAAGGAGAAUUGGCAGCUGGAUUUGAUAUUACAAACUUGGUCACUUUCCCAAAUAACUCCUACAUCAGGGUGAAAGUGGGAAGAUUGGAUCCUCAGGCUCCUUCUGGCAAAGAGUUCACCAUUGAUGACAACAGAAUUGAAUGGAACAAAGACUUCACACAGGUGCCACCUCUUUCAUUGUGUAAUGACUACUGCCUUCCUGGUUAUCGGAAGAAAAAGAAGGAGGGGAUGAAAUUUUGCUGCUAUGAUUGUGCUCCAUGUCCAGAUGGGAUGUUCUCAAAUGAAAAGGAAAUUUGUAUCAGUUGCCCAGAAGACCAAUAUCCAAACAAAGGCAAGGAUCAAUGCAUUCCUAAGACACCAAAUUUUCUAGCCUUUGAUGAACCUUUGGCUAUUGUUUCAACUAUCUCAGCAUUUCUCUUGUUUCUUAUCACAGUUCUGGUGCUUGGCAUUUUCAUUAAGCACUGGAAUACUGCCAUAGUCAAAGCCAACAACAGAAGCCUCACCUGCAUUCUCCUCGCAUCCCUCCUCUUCUGUUUCCUUUCCUCUUUGAUGUUCAUCGGAAUGCCUAAUAAGGCAAGUUGCCGUCUUCGACAAACUACUUUUGGCAUUGUCUUCUCUGUGGCCCUCUCUAGCAUCUUGGCCAAAACUGUAUCUGUGGUUUUGGCAUUCAUGGCCACCAAACCAGCAUCCAAGAUGAGGAAAUGGUUGGGACAAAGACUGGCUUAUUUGAUUGUCCUUUCCUGCUCAAUUAUUCAAGUAGGGACUUGUGUUCUGUGGCUGGCAACCUCUCCCCCGUUCCCAGAUUUGGAUGUGCAUUCAAUGACUGAAGAACUUGUAUUGUUAUGUAAUGAAGGGUCAGUCCUUAUGUUCUACUGUGUUUUGGGAUAUAUGGGCCUCCUGGCCAUUGUCAGCUUCACUGUGGCCUUCCUGGCCAGGAAGUUACCAGAUAGUUUUAACGAAGCCAAAUUCAUCACCUUCAGCAUGUUGGUCUUCUGCAGUGUUUGGCUCUCCUUUAUUCCAUCUUACCUGAGCACAAGAGCAAAGUACACAGUCGCUGUGGAAAUCUUCUCCAUCUUGGCUUCCAGUGCUGGAUUACUUGCCUUUAUCUUUUUCCCCAAAUGCUAUAUUAUUGUGAUGAGGCCUGAGUUGAACAACAGAGGGCAGCUAAUACGAAGAAAAAUAUAA